AUGGUCGACGUGUUGUUGAAUCCGAACGAGGCAUUUCCCGAAGAGAGCAGCAAAAUGUCCAACGAUUGGGUGGCGGAGAGCGCGACCGAAAACACCGAAGAAGAGGAGACCGUGGAGGAUGUGGAAGAAGGGGAAUUGCCAGAAGAGGGCGAAAUCACCGACGAUGAGGAUGCCACGGGUCCAGUACCGUUGAAUAAGAUCGACGCGAAACUGCCGGACAAGGAGAACACUCGACGCACAAAGAGAAGUUAGUUUUUUCGAAAUUUUUGGACGAAACUGGUGGAAAAUUUGGAGUUUUUGAUCGUUCCUCGAAAAAUUGUAACGAGAAUUAGUAAUUCACGGAUUUUCGAGGGGUUCAGAGGCUCUCAGAAAUUGCAUUGACACUUGUGCCAUUGAAUUUCACACUUUUUGAGGGAAUCUUAUAUUUUUAGAUCUAUUUUCUGAACUCUUCCACUUUUUAAUACCUAAAAUAAUAAUUUCCCCCCGUUUUACAAGAUUAAUGACCUUUUCUUUCAGACUCCCAUUCCUCAACUUCCUCAUCCCGACAUUCGAAACCGACAAAAUACAAGGAUCACGACCCGAAAGCAACGGUAUAUAACUUUACAUAAUAAUAUUGAAACAUUUGACAAAAGCAUAGCGAUAAGCAUCAAACAGACACAAAAAAGAGGGAAACCGCAGCAGGAAUGGUUGCUAAAGAUUUGACGAAGCAGACAGCCUUGAAAGGUUGCGGGAUUAGACAAAUUUAUAUUACACUGCAGGAAGAGCUGAGAAAACUUUAUUUACAGGUCGAAAAUUUGACGUAAAGGCAGAACAGAUAAAAAAUAAUGAGUGAAGGUCUGAAGGAGUUCGAUUAGCAUAAAAUUUACGUAUUAUAUUAGGUGAAAAUUAGAGAUCGCAGCUUUUUGCCAUGUACAAUAUAAAAUUCGGAGAAAAAUGUCUAAAAUACCACAUAAGACGAGAAUAUGCAUUAUUGCACUUGCAGAAAUCCGCCAGAGAUGGUGAAAUGGUUGAAAGCUGGGCCAAUGGAGCACACCGCGCAGCGCAUCGAGAAGAGCUGGACGAUCGAAGAGCUCGUCCGGAAAGACGUGAUGUUAAUGGAGACGUUGAUCUAAGAGAUACGGAGGCUGAUAGAAGGUAGGAGAAAGCUAUUUGGCACGCGAUUGCUUAGUUUUGCAUUAAUUCAUUGACAAUGCAAGCUGAUAUUAUUUUAGGCAAUUUUAGAUCUCAAUCAAUUAAAAAUUUGUAUUUUCAGGAUCCGCAGGCGUUCUUCUUCUCCCAAUGACGGUCAUUUGUCUCCAAAAAGACUUCGUCAUGACUCUCCACCGUCCAGCAUGCAACUUCAGCGGCCUCGGCGAGGUCCGGUCAAGACUGAAUGGACCGAACGCACGAUUUGCAAAUUUUUCCGCGAAGGCUUUUGUCGGGAUGGAGAUCAGUGCGUCUACUCGCACAACGCCGCCGAUUCUCGUCGCAUCCCCGAGCUGUGCAGGUAUUAUCAGCAUGGCUAUUGUAAAAAGAAUGUCCGAUGUUUGAAUCUGCACGGCGAGUUCCCGUGUAAGGCUUUUCACACCGAUGGAUGCCGAAAUGAAGAGUGCAGAUUCUCGCAUCAGCCGCUGAAUGAUUAUACGCAACCUAUUUUUGAUCAGGUAAGAGAUUCGGAACGAUUUUUUUAAAAUUUUUUCUAUUUUUUCAACAUUGUUUUAUCUCUUGGUUUCAGAUGAUGAAAGAUGCGGAAUUGGCCGAGAAAAUUAGUCAAUUGCCGCGAACACAACGAAGAGUUUUGCUCCCCGAGGGCCCAGAAGAGUUCGAUGCGAUCUACGAUUUCAAUGUGCAGUAAGUUUAUUGGAUUUGGAGAUGAUUUUUCAUAUUGAGUUAGGUAAUAAAUCAAUUUUUUUAUAGCAACGUCUCUCUGGAUCCUCUCCCGGCCCCAACGGUGGUUGUUCCGGUCCUCGCGAAUGCCGCUCCUUCCCAAGCGACUUAUGGAUUUUUCAACGCGGUCCCAACUGCCUCAAACUCUUCGCCACAUCAGAAACCGUUUAGUCAUGUAAGUUGCUAUCAUAUUUAGUUAUAUUUAGAGCGAUUUAGCGCGAUUUCAACUAUAAUUUCCGGCUUUUUCAGACUCCAACCGCCGUCUCCUCGGCCCCUGUCCGCAACUCCCCACAACUGCAAUCCCCACCACCCAGGGAAGAGGGCUCGGCCCCGCUCAGCAUCAACGAUCUCCUAGGCCAAUUGUCGAGGCCCGUCGAACCGAUGGAGAUCACCCCGGAGGUCAUGAACGAGAACAUUCGAUCCCUCCAGUCAAUGUUCGACUGCCCGCCGGUUAUUGACGAAUCCCCCGCGUCGCCGCCGCCGGAAGGAGUGAUUGCCAGCGAUUCGGCGCCGGUCAUCCCAACCAAUCGACCCUACAGAGCCAUUCCAAUCUUGAUCAAUGAUAAUCAACUCGAUCUCAAUCUGAUUCAGGUGGGUUUUGAUGAAAAUGACAUCUCCAAUAAGUUUUUGGAGAUCUUGUAUUUUAAUGUGAUGAUGUUUUUUUGGGCUAAAAGGAGUUUUUUGCAAUUUAUCUUGAGCUUUUAGGACCUCACCUCCGGCAUUCACAAAAGCGAUCCGCGUCUGAAACGCGUGGCGGAAAAGCAGUUCGACCUGGUCUCCCAAUCCCUCCAACUCGGUGGAAUGUUGAACAUGAAGCCGGACCAAACCAAGGACAAACCAUUGGACCCGAGAAGCCGUGAUCCGAGAAUGCGGAGCGGCCUCAACUCCAGCCCACCCGGCUCCAGCCUGGCCUCGAGUCUGAACUCAACCCUAGCCGGGCUGGGCCCCGGACUCACCAGCGGACUGAGCCUGGGAUUGAGCAUGAAUUCGGGGUUGUCGUCGGGCCUCAGCCCGGACAUGUCCACCUCAUCGUUCACUCAAAGCGACAGGGAAUUUGAACAGAAAGUGAGCCAGCAACUGCGGAUGGCCAGCCAAUUGCAACAAGGCAGCGAUAUGGACUUUAGAGGUGGGAACGAUCGAUACGAAACCUCCCCAAGAUACGACGAUCGACCCUUCGAUGGAUUCGAUCGCCGCUACUCCAACCGCAGCAGAGAUUCCAGCUACAGAAGCCGGGAUUCGAGAGACCCUAGACCGAAAAGAGACUUUGAUGACCGAUAUGAUCGGAAAAGAGGCUACCCUUCGCCGAGACAGGACGAACCGAAGCAGGACAACCAACAACCGUCCACCCAACAACCGCUGACGCUGAGGGAGAAACGAAAAGACAACAUUUUUGAGAGUCCGCUGGCAAAAACGUCCAGAUUUUAG